AUGUCAACCAUUCUCGUCACCGGAGCCACCGGGUUUAUUGCUGGUCAGGUCAUUGCAGAUCUCCUGAAUCACGGGCACAAGGUCUUGGGCACCGUGCGCCAGCUCAGCAAGGCCUCCAAGCUCCAGGAGGCGUUUCCUGAAGCCCACAAGUCCGGCAAGCUGACUUUUGCCACGCUUUCCGAUGUUCGAAGCCAGGACGAGCUCAAGGCGAUUUUUGCCUCACACCCCGAAAUUGCGGUUGUGAUGCACACGGCAUCGCCGUUUUUCUACAACUCCGAGGACGUGGUCAAAGACCUGCUGGAGCCGGCGCUCGAGGGCACCCGUUCGGUGCUCCAGGUAACCCAAGACGCCGGCCACAACGUGCACAAGGUGGUGCUGACAUCCUCGGUGGCCUCCAUGCUCGACCCGUUCAGAAACAAGGACCCCAGCUACGUGGCAACGGAGGCUACAUGGAACCCCGUCACGUGGGACCAGGCUGCUGAGUCAAACAACGCCGAACUGGCCUACGUAGCCUCCAAGACAUUUGCCGAGCAGGAGGCGUGGAAGUUCGUCGAGAGCACCAAGCCGCGCUUUUCGCUGACUACAGUCAACCCUGCGGCGGUGUUUGGACCCCAUGCGACCAAAAUCGACCCCAAGGCGCUCAACACGUCCAGCGACGUCAUCAACAGCCUGGCUCUGGACACCAAGCCUGGAGACACGCCGGGAGACUUUGCGUUUUUGUGGGUUGACGUGCGAAACGUGGCCCGGGCCCAUACGUUGGCUAUCGACUCCAAGCUCGACGACAAGCGGCUGCUCCUGUGCAACGGCAAGUUUGCGGCCCAGGACUUGGUUGAUAUUCUCAACAAGAACUUUUCCGACAUUCGAGGCACAAUUGCGGAAGGUACUCCCGGGAACGGACCCCGAGUCGCCGCCCAGUACUUUAACUACGACAACUCCAAUACCCGCCAGUUGCUGGAUUUGCAGUGGAUUGGGCUCGAGCAGUCGAUUGUGGACUUUACCAAGCAGUACGAGGCUGCGAAAUCGGAAUCACGAGCUGAUUGA